CAGUGAUAACGGGAGGGUCGACCGAGCGGGGAUAUCGCAUGCAGGUAAAUUUUCAUAAUGCAAAUUAGUGCACUGAAGAUAGCGGCAAUGUCCCUGUGGUCUAUCAUCAAACAAGUCGUCGGCACACACGGUGGUGGUAGGUAGUGAAUGGAGGGAGUACAGAAAUGUGGAUAUGUCGAAGUGAAGGAACCGUCCACCAUUAAAGGGAGAAAACUCAAGGCAUGGAGGCGAAAAUGGGCUGUCAUGCAAGAAAUGAGCAAUUUGGCAUCUGGAACUCUAGCGGCAAAAUUAGAAUUUUUCCAGAACGAGGCAUCGUCAAAAGUCAACCCCCCACCUGCUGACAAACAGACUUAUCUUUUGGAAAAUGUCACAGCAGUUGAACCGUGCCAUUCCAAAACGCACAAGCUUGCAUUUCAAAUCGAGCAGACCACACCAACAUUAGUGCUCUGUGCGCAGACGCAAGAGGAAACAGACCAAUGGAUCAUUGCUUUUAAGCAAAUAUUCUGGCCCAACCAAAAGAUUCCAGAAAAUGAUGGAUUCACUGUGACCGUCGUACUAAAUGAAGAUGCUAAACGCUGUGCUUUAUUUGGAGAGUACCACAUGGUUGUUACACCGGAAGUGAUCUGCAUAGAGGGCGCUACUGAUCAGACAGGAAUGGAAUGGAGAUUGGACUGUUUAAAGCGAUUUUAUAUGGACAAAAACAGACAAAAUGUCCUCUUCAUCGAAAGUGGAGCAAAAGCUAGCUGUGGUGAGGCGAAGUUCGAGUUCCAGACUACGCUGGUACACGCAAUAUUGAAAGCGAUCAAGAACAACAUUAGCAAAGCAAUAGAAAUGAGAAAGAGGCGCUCUUAUCUCAGUCAGGAAUCACGGGACAGGACGAUGUCGAUGGAGCGCGGAUUUCACAACAUUCUGACGAACUCCGGACAGAGGAGUCGGGCAUCCUCCAUGAAUAGCAACAACUCGGUGGCAAGCCCGGUCACCAACUCCCCGACCCUGUCUCUGAAAGCGGCUAUAGAGAAAGCCGCCUCUUGGCAAGAAAGGAACGAAAAUUUCUCGAGAUUUCGAUGCAAUUCUUUAACUAUAGGAAAUAAUACUUCUAGUUUGGAGGGUUCCAGAGAAAAUCUGCAUGCACACACCAGGAGCCUUUCACUUGACGUUAAUACGGAUAAAAAUUCUCCACAUCAAUAUGAUAUUUUGUCAUUGACAGAAAAGACAAAAUUGGAAAAGAAGCCUGAAAUUGUUGCAAAAGUCUGUGUUACUACAGAAAAUAAUUUGAAGCCUGUGGAAAUCAUGUUAGACAUUCAUGGUUAUAGCCAUAUUCCUGCUGACGUCAACCGCACUGGUGACGCUGAAAGUAAUGUUGAUAUUCCAAAGACUGAUCCGAAAAUAGAUUCAAUCAGGAACAAUUCCACAAAUAUUGAACCCGUGUCUGAAAGUGAAAUCGAAGAACACACCCAUAUACAAAGGGAAGUACUUCUGCCUAUUGACAAUCCGGAAGAGAAACGUUCCCUAUCCACAGGGUCGCACGAUUCGGGAGUCUCCUGCCCAUCCAUUUAUCAACCACCCACAACUGACGAAACCAUUCAACGAAACAAGGAGUCGUUCGACAGUGCCAUUUCAAAUUCAGAAAUAAGGGCGUCUAUUGCGGAGGCAAUCGUUGUCACAGACAGCAGCCAUUCUGGAUUUAGUCGAUCCUUUUCCCAACCUCACAAUAUGUACCUCAACGAACCCAAAAACGAAAGAUCAAACUCCGAGCCCGCUAAGGCAGUUGUUUGUGAGGCCACUGGAUAUGCAAACGUGGAAGGUGAAUAUGAAGAUCUUGACAAAUACAGAAAAGACUUGAAAAAGUUUCUAGGAAUGAGCGACAAACCCCCGGAGGAGGUUCCCCCGAGCUUACCCGAGCGUCCAUCAAGUUUACCUCCAACCCGUAAAGUGAUAAAAGACUCCAAAAGAAAAAGAGUUUCUUUCACCGCGUUUGGAAACAAUCGCUCAUCCCUGUCCAGUUCCGAUUCCGAUGAUGCGGAACACGAUGUAGCAGCAAUAACGACCUGGCCUAUAGGACAAAAUACAGGCAACAAUACACUGUACUCUACCGUGGACAUAAAUACUAAUGUCGUACAAGCAAAACCUACUGAUAGUGAUCAAAAUCUGUACGAGACUAUACCAGCAGCGGCAGGAGAAGAAAACAACGGACCGCCCAUUUCCUCCAUCAAGGCAUGGCCUCUUAAUCGCACAGCACAAGCUAACUGUAAUCGUUUCUAUGAAUCUAACUUAUCAAUAUCAAAACCUACCCCAGCAGCCGUUCAGGAGGUCCCCGAAACAGAACCGUUAUCGAACACAGGACAAAGCGACGUCUCCAAAGACUUCCUGACCGGAGAUGGACAUUAUCUUUCUUCUACUGUACUUCCGGUUUUGAGCCCGACAAAACAAGCACCGUUCGUGGAUCUGCUGUGUGGGGAUAUUGCGGAUCAAUCUCCGAAGUUACCGGUUCUCGACGUCUUGCUGCCUUUCAGUAUUGAAGAAAUAAAAAACAGUCAGUGGAAUAUAGACAUGACGCAGCUAAAUCGCAGUAAUCCAGAUGCGGUAGAAAACCCCUUUCCAAAUAUAGCUCGCUACAGUGCAGCUAUGGAAAGUUUGUCAGAGAACCGUGGGGAUUCCGUUGGUUCAAAUACCACCGUGCCUGAAUGCAAUGAUUUAGUCUCUUCAGAGAACUCCGAGAAUGCAAUGGGGCCCUCCAGUGCUAAAACAGAGAAAGAUUUGAUUGACUUUGAGGAUAAUGAAUCGUCCCCUCAUCCGAAACCUCCCUUGGAGGACGUCUAUAUGGUGAUGGACGAGAGAGAACCCGUCUAUGUGCAGCCUUCCACGCUACAAUCUAGUGAUUGAUAGGACAAUCAUCAUCAAAGCUCUCAUAUGUACAAAGUCACCAAACAUCGCAAACUAUACCUUGCUUCAAAAGUAUCAUUGUAUUAAUUAAAAUGAAUUAAUACACACUUUA